AGUGGCCCAAGACGACAUCAUUUGUUUAACUCUGCAAGACUUGGGUAAACCAUGAGAUUUAGCUUUGCUCUUCUGCUUUUGGUAGUUUGCCUAGCAGCUGCUUUGGCUAACGUUCAUCAUGAUAAAAAGCAUAAACAUGGUGUGAAACACCACCACGAUAAAAAACAUCACCACGCUACAAAACAUCACCAUGAUACAAAACACAAGCAUGGUACAAAACAUCACCAUGCUACAAAGCAUCAGCAUUCGGCAAGUCAUCACCACUCUGUAAAACACCAUCUUUUACAAAGACACCAUCAAACUAGACAUCAUGUCGGCAAACGAAUUCAACCGUGUAACCUAACGGUUUUUGCUGAGUCUUUAAAUCAAGGUAUGAUAUCAAUCAAGAAAGAACUAUCGAGUAUCAAGUGUCUGAUACAUAAGUCUCUCUGGACCCCCGUACAAACCCUCAUUGAAAAAGUAGUUAAUGCCAUCACAUCCCAUCUUAGUGAAAACCAACUGGAAGAAUGUGUAAAAGCUGCGAUUCCACCAUUAAAUACCAUAAUUACGGUCAUAAAACAAGCAUACUCUCUUUCGAAUUCAGAAUGUUUGAACGCAACAAUAAACGGAUUAUACAUCUGUCAAGAGGCCCUCAUUAAAUUAAAUAUUACAAUAGGAAACUGUAAUAACACUGACGGAAGUAUUGGUGGUAAUAACGGCAACAACACUGGCAACAACACCGACAACGGCACGGGCAACGGAACGGACAACGGCAAUGGUAACGACAACGGUACCGAUAAUGGCAAUGUUAACGGCAACGGCACCGACAACGGCAACAGCACAGACAACGGGAAUGGUAACGACAACGGCAACAGCACAGACAACGGCAAUGGUAAUGGCAAUGGUAACAACAACAGCACAGACAACAGCGACGGUAACGGCAAUGGUAACGGUAACGGCAUCGACAACGGUAACAGCACAGACAACGGCAAUGGUAACGACAACGGCACCGACAACGGUACGGACAACGGCAACAGCACAGACAACGGCAAUGGUAAUGGCAAUGGUAACAACAACAGCACUGACAACAGCAACGGUAACGGCAAUGGUAACGGUAACGGCAUCGACAACGGCAACAGCACAGACAACGGCAAUGGUAACGGCAAUGGUAACGACAACGGCACCGACAACGGUACCGACAACGGCAACAGCACAGAUAACGGCAAUGGUAAUGGCAAUGGUAACAACAAUAGCACAGACAACAGCAACGGUAACGGCAAUGGUAACGGUAACGGCACCGACAACGGCAACAGCACAGACAACGGCAAUGGUGACAACAACGGAACAGAUAACGGUACCGACAACGGCACUGACGAAGGCAACAACACAGACAACGGCAAUGAUAACGGCAAUGAUAACGGCAAUGGUAACGGUAACGGCAACGGCAACGGCACCGACAACGGCGGCGGCAACGACAACGACAACGGCAGCGGCACCGACAACGGCGGCGGCAACGAGAACGGCGGUGGAAACGGCAACGGCAACGAGAACGGCGGUGGAAACGGCAACGAGAACGGCGGUGGAAACGGCAACGGCGGCAACGGCAACGACAACGGCGGCAGCGGCAACGGUGGUGGAAACGGCAACGGCGGCAGCGGCAACGGCAACGGUGGUGGAAACGACAACGGCGGCGGCAGCGACGGCGGUAAUAACAGCAGCGGUAACGGCAACGGCGGCAAUAACAGCAGCGGUAACGGCAACGGCGGCGGUAACGGCAACGGCGGCGGUAACGGCAAUGGCGGUGGUAACGACAAUGAGGGUGGUAACGGCGGCAGCAACGGCAACGGUGGCGGCAAUGGCAACGGCGGUAGCAACAGCAACGGCGGCGGAAACGGAAAUGGCAACGAAAACGGCGGAGGCAACGGCAAUGGAAACGGAAAUGGCAACGCCAAUUGCAACGGCAAUGGCAACGGCUAUGGGAACAACAAAGGCAACGGUAAAGACAACAGCAAGGAGAAUAAAGGCGAAUUCGACAAAAAUUCUUCGCAAAAUGACAGUGGGAGUCACGAAGACAAUGAUAAAGACGACUGCAAAGGACAUCCCAACGGAUGCAAGGGUAAAUUCCAUGGCACAAAAUUCCGUCAUUAUGUUCCAAGACAUCACCUGAAACAUCACAAACUCCACAAACACAGCUCACACUAUUAAACACCAUAAUCCAUACAUAAAUGUAAGGGAUUUGUGGUCAUAUGUAAUAUAUCAAUAAAGAAUAGUAAGUUACAUAUGAAUAUAGCGGUUUUUCAAUCAGACAUCAACAUAAAUAUAUCCUUUAGCUUGUAAAAUCUGCAUAAACGUAGAGAUUACCACUUCAAAUAUAUUAUUCUGCUGUAACAACA